UUACCUCGGUGGGUAUAUGUGGCUCAUUCGUUUGAAUUAAUAAUUAUAAUUAUAAUAAAUAAGACUGUUUAUGGCAUUUCUAGUUUUGUUAAAAAUUGAUUGUGUAAUUAAGACUCAUCCAUCGAACGCUAAAUAAAAAAAAGUACCUAGCAGAUUAGGAAGAAACAAUUUACGAAAUCGCUACUUAAGGAAUAAAAAAACCGCUUCAGACUAGUGAAUACAAAAACGAUUUAACUAAACCAUUAUAUAUAAGUACCUGAAUAACAGCUGCAGAAGGUUGAUUAUAUUUAUAAUUGGUAUUUUAAGCGGUGCAGCAGAUAGGUAGGUACAUUGCAAAAUAAGUAACAAAUGUUUGAUCUCAGGCCAAUUUAUUCCUUCAUGUGACGACUAAUCAAUGUGAUAAGAUCAGCUCUCAAAGUCGUGUUAUACCAGAGCACAGCAGCUGGUAAUUUAAGAAAGUGCCAAAGAUGGCUACUAUCUUCAAAAAAUUCGCCAUCACAGGAGUAACAGGGACUCUUGGAGCUGGUCUUGCCGCUUAUUACCUUCUCAAAGAAGAAAGCGAUUUCAGAUGGAAAACAGUUAAAGCACAACAAGCAAUCAAAAAGACAAAACGUCCCCUACCUCCACGUAGCGAACAAAUUACAUCAUUGCAAAAUCAAAGUUUUGAUGUUGUAAUAAUUGGUGGAGGUGCCACUGGUGCAGGAUGUGCCUUAGACUCGGUAACAAGAGGAUUAAGGACUGCUUUAAUCGAAGCCGAUGAUUUUGCGAGUGGCACCUCCAGCAGGAGCACGAAACUUAUCCAUGGUGGUGUUCGGUAUUUGCAAAAGGCUAUCAUGCAACUAGAUUAUGAGCAAUACAAGAUGGUAAAGGAGGCCCUACACGAACGAGCUAACAUGUUAAAUUCGGCACCUCAUUUAGCACAUCCGCUUCCCAUAAUGCUUCCAGUGUACCAAUGGUGGCAAAUUCCUUAUUUUUGGUUUGGUAUAAAAAUGUAUGACGUUGUAGCAGGAUCAAAAACAGUAAAAGGGUCCUAUUAUUUAUCGAAGAAGAAUGCUUUAGAACUUUUUCCCAUGCUGCGAGGUGACAAACUUGUUGGAGCUAUUGUAUAUUACGAUGGUCAACAGGAUGAUGCUAGAAUGAACCUAGCAAUUGCUUUAACCGCAGCUCGUCACGGAGCCACGGUGGUAAACCAUGUAACGGUAACUAGCUUAAUUAAAGAUAAAAAUGGUUCCGGUAAGGAAGUGAUAACUGGUGUCAAUGUACGAGACGAAAUAACCGGAAAAGAGUGGCGUGUACCUACCAAGUGUGUUAUAAAUGCAACUGGACCUUUUACAGAUAGUAUUAGAAAAAUGGAUAAUCCUACAAUAAAAGAGAUCUGCUGUCCUAGCAGCGGUGUUCAUAUAGUAUUGCCAGGUUAUUACAGUCCGGAUCAGAUGGGUCUUCUUGACCCUCAAACUAGCGAUGGUAGGGUGAUUUUCUUCCUUCCAUGGCAAAGGCAAACAAUUGCUGGUACAACCGAUUUGCCUUGCAAAGUAACUCAUAACCCGAAACCUACUGAAGACGAAAUUACGUUUAUUUUAGAAGAAGUUAAAAAUUAUUUGAAUCCCGACGUUGAAGUUAGAAGAGGAGAUGUAAUGUCAGCAUGGAGUGGUAUUCGUCCCCUUGUAUCAGACCCUAACAAACCUGAUACUCAAUCUCUAGCCAGGAAUCAUAUCGUUCACGUGAGUGACUCAGGAUUGGUAACGAUCGCAGGAGGAAAAUGGACAACUUACAGGGCAAUGGCUCAAGAAACCAUUGACGCAGCCGUAAAACACUGCAACCUGAAACCGGAAAGGGGUUGCCAGACAGACGGUCUUCUGAUCGAGGGAGCUCACGGAUGGACUCCAACAAUGUACAUCAGAUUAGUACAAGAUUUUGGUCUGGAAUGUGAAGUCGCGCAACACUUGGCAAAAUCUUACGGAGAUAAAGCUUUUGCUGUAGCAAAAUUAGCGUCAUUGACGGGUAAAGAAAUUCUUAAUUUUUUUAAUAUACAAGAAAUAGAUUCAUUCAUAAGAAAAUUUUGUAAUGAACCUAUGUAA